AUGCCUACUUUUUUGGAAUGUCCACACUGUCAGAGACUGUAUUCUAGACACUCGUUGGCUAUUCACGAGAAAAACUGUGUGGACUCGAUGCAGAAAAUUCUGGAACAGGAGAAGUUGAAAUUGAUGCAGCAAAACCAAAAACGGGGACGCUCAAAAUCCGGAAGACGAAAGAAAAUUCGGCCUACAGAGAUGACAGCGGAAAGACCAAGGACACGGUCAUUGUCUAGAUACAAUCAUGAAAAUGUAGACGGACUCCGAACUUGUUUUGUUUGCGGUGAGCAAUACGACGACCAAGUCAUCGAAGAGCACAAAGAGAAGUGUUAUGUUGAGAUGGGUCAAGAAAAGAGAACUAGGUCGAAAAAAUUCUAUGACUGGUCGCAACUCGCGAAACCACUGACAAUUCGUUUCCACAUCCAUCAACCAAAAACCAUAAAUCCUCCAAGCAUAGAUGGAACCAUCGACGUCUCAAGAGAGAAUAUGAGAGCCGUUCAGAGUUCGCAUAAUUGUCAAAUUGUUAGAUGCAGAUAUUGUAAUGCUCGAAUUGCUCUCCAACAUGCUCAUGGUCAUCAAUGUGUCCGUUUUGAGCCAACUAUCGAAUUUUAUUGCUAA